AUGUCAAGUAAAAAGAGCAAAUCAAGCUCGAAAUCGUCCAACCCGCCUCCACCUACCUCAACAACACCUGGCAAAAAAUUGGGUGGCAAAAGAAAUAUUGUCAAAAGUGGAAACGCUAAUUCAUCUAAAAGUAAAGACGCUGAUAAACCUCCUGUACAAUAUUCUUCGAUCUUUGGCACUUGGACAGGCAAAACACCUGUAUCUUUACUCCACGACCAUUGUCAAAAGUCCAACUGGGAAAAGCCCGAAUAUGAUAUAAAAAGAUGCAAUACAAAGGACAGCAAUGGGCCUGCCUACUUGGGCACUGUAAAAUUGAGCCAGCGUAACAAAAAGACAGCUCAAAUGCAAACCGUUACUUUCACCCCGCCCGCCGAAUGUGCUUUACCUACCUCUGCAGAGGCUAAGCAUUUGGCAGCAACAUAUACAUUGCAUCGUAUUUUAUCACACAUGUCGAUGCAUCGAGUUUUACCGCCUCAACAUAGAGAUUAUUGGCGCCAAUUUGAAACAUACAAAUCAUCCGCUAAUCAAUGGCAAUAUGAUCCAGAUCCAUUUAAUGCUCACGCGCCUACUGCGCCAGUAAAAAAGCAACGCCAAGUACCUUCCAAAGAGCAUGCUAAUGCUGCUGUGCCGAUGCCCACGUUAACAUCUUCGUCGGCAAGCUCGAAGAAGAGAGGGGCUGGAGAUACAGUGAUGAUCGAUGAAAAACUAAGAAGGGAAUGGGAAAAUUUACCAGCUGUUCAUAUGACUGCAGAAAACAGAGACCUUGUAGAGCGAGUUUUGAAGCGUUCGAAACUGUCUUAUCAACCUGCUAAACAUACAGCACAAGAAAAGAAGCAAUUAAUUGACAUUUUAGUGAAAAUGGGAUUCAGAGCAGCACAUGCGGACGAGGCAUUAGACUAUUCCAAAGAUACUGCGGAUGCUUUGGAUUGGCUUUAUAUUCGAUCCAAUUCAUCGUACUAUGGGCAUGUUGUGCUGAUCGGAAUUGUUUAUUGCCAUUGUAAACAUUGCAUAGGCCUACACGUUCCUGAAGAUGAUUUACCGCCGAAUUUUAUGCUGGCCAACUAUAACCCAACCAUGACCACCGUUUCACAAACAACAGAAACACUUAGCCGAAACUGGCUCCUCAAACGUAUGAGUGCCAUUGGAUACCCUGAAGCUAUUUGUGAAGAGGCACUUGAAAGAGCGAACGAAGAUGACACUAAGGCGAUAGAACUAUUACAAUGGCGACUAGCGCAUGGGGACGACCAACCUCUCCCUAAUUACAAGGAGACCGCCGCUUUAAUUGAUAAAGAAGAAUUAGAACAAAUGUUACAAGAUGAAGUAACAGCUCUUGAAUCUAUCUAUGAACCAUCACGAUUCGGCCGUCAAGUAUCGGAAGAAGACGGUCGUACGACAUACCAUAUUUUAUUUAAUGCAAAAACUAACCCUGAAGAAAGCAAUGAAACAGAGAAGCUAUUGUUGCAGAUCAUUGUUCCCAAGGAUUCACUUUAUCCUCAUCAGCUCCCUCUGUUUAUUAUUGAAUGCGAAGGAUUGCCUAGCUAUUUGAAAUUAUUUUUGAUAAAAGGGUUGAUGGAAGAAGCUGAGAGAAACCUUGGCAUGCCUUUCAUCUAUAUGUGUGCUGAAUGGCUACAAGAUCAUGUCGAUCAAAUGAUUGCGCAUCCGCCUAAAUUACGGGAUAUGACAGAACGUUUAACCACAUUUGACAUCACCCCACAAAAACGACAUAAGCUCAACCAUCAACGACGCCAUCGAGCCAAACCACUAAAAGCUGACAACGCAAUUUCUGAACAGCUCAAAGACGCAUUAGAGACAAUGCAUAACUCACCUGAGUAUGUGCCUAUGGGCCUUGUUCGUUCUAAAUUACCUGCUCAUAAAUUUAAAGAAACCAUUAUCAAAACGGUAUUGGGCAACCAAGUUUGUAUUGUCAGCGGUGAAACAGGUUGUGGUAAGACUACUCAAGUGCCUCAAUUUAUUCUGGAUGAAGAAAUUCUGCAAGGACGUGGGUCAACAUGUAGCAUCAUCUGUACUCAACCGAGAAAGAUUUCUGCUAUUGGUGUAGCGGAACGUGUUGCGGCAGAACGAUGUGAAAAGAUCGGUCAAAGUAUUGGUUAUGCUGUACGUGGUGAGACAAAAUGCAGUGCGAAUACGCGUUGUCAAUUUGUCACCACAGGUGUUUUAUUACGACGACUGCAAAGCGAUCCUACUUUGGAGGGUAUUAGUCAUGUGAUGAUUGAUGAAGUUCACGAGCGUUCAGUAGACAGUGAUUUCUUGUUGAUUAUUUUGCGUGAUGUGUUGAAGAAACGAAAGAAUUUAAAAGUAGUACUCAUGUCUGCCACCUUGAAUCAGGCUCUCUUUUCUGACUAUUUCGGUGGUGCUCCUUUCAUUGAAAUCCCUGGCUUCACUCAUCCUGUACAAGAUUUUUACUUGGAAGACAUUCUCGAUAUGACUCUAGCGCAUAAAAGUGUGGUUGAAUUACCCUCACAAUCUGAAGAGAAGGGCGUCCAAACGAUACCUGAUGGCGAAUGGGCCGAAUGGCAAAUCCCUUAUUUGGAAAAAGGGUACGCGCCGGCUACCGUCCGACAACUCGCUCGUCAUCGUGGUGAUAAGAUUGAUUAUAAUUUAAUCGCCAAUACUGUACAAUACAUUGUACAACAUGAAACUGUGAAGCUUGAAGCCGGUGCAUUACCGGCUGUUCUUAUUUUCAUGCCUGGUGCUAUGGAGAUCAAGCAAUGCUGUGAAGCACUUGAGAGCAUCCUGCGCGGGCAAGAAAAAUGCGAGAUUUUGCCUCUGCAUGCCAAUCUGUCUCCACAAGAACAGACCCGUGUUUUCAAAACGGUUGCACCGGAUGUGCGUAAAAUUGUUGUCGCUACCAAUGUGGCUGAAACGUCCAUCACCAUUGAGGGUGUUGUCUAUGUCAUCGAUUCCGGUCGGGUGAAAGAAACUCAAUAUCAUGCCAGUAGCCAUAUGAUGCAUCUGGUAGAAACAUGGGCUUCACGGGCAUCGUGCAAACAGCGUCGUGGUCGUGCGGGUCGUACACGUCCUGGCCAGUGCUUCAAAUUGUUCACUCGUGAAGUAGAGCAGAAUAAGAUGCGUGCUCAACAAGUGCCUGAACUACUCAGAACUCCAUUAGAACAACUCUGUUUGACGGUGAAAGCCAUGGAUGAAAAGGUAGACGUGGCCAAAUUUUUAAAGCGAGCCAUUGAUCCACCUUCUACAGCUGCUUUAGAGAGCGCGAUACGUGCUUUGAAGCAAGUUGAAGCCGUUGAUCCAGAGGGAGAAAAAUUAACAGCCUUAGGGAAGCAUAUGGCGAAUAUUCCAGCUGAUUUACGCAUCAGUAAAAUGUUGUUGUUUGGCUCUGUAUUUGGGUGCUUGGAGCCUAUGUUGACGAUUGCAUCGAUCAUGUCCUUGAAGAGUCCAUUCACAUCACCGAUGGAAAAACGUCAAGAGGCACGGCAGGCAAGAGAAAAGUUCAAUUUUGCCAAGAGUGAUUGGCUGGCUGAUAUGAAAGCUUAUAAUGAAUGGUUCGACAUUAUUCGAUCCAAGGGUAUGAAAGCAGCUCGUCAAUUUUGUGAAGAAAACUUCUUAUCGUUCGCAACCUUGAAUGAAACACAAAAUUUACGUCGACAAUAUGCCGAGGCAUUGUAUGAGAUUGGCUUCUAUAACCGCAGCAAUAAAGAAAAAUACAAUGAAAACGCCGACAAUCUGAAUUUAAUCAAAUCAAUCAUUUUUGCAGGCUUAAAUCCCAAUGUCGCUAAAAUUAAGCUGCCUAAUACCAAAUACGAGAAACUAUCCAGCGGUACAAUCGAAAAGGAAAAGGAAGCUAGAGAGAUCAAAUUCUUCACAAAAGAUGAUGGUCGUGUUUUCCUACAUCCAUCCUCUUUAAUGUUUUUCAACAAUAAUUAUAACUCCUCUUUCCUUACUUAUUUCUCAAAGAUGGCCACAACCAAAACUUUCAUCAGGGAUGGCACCGAAGUGCCAUCUUACGGUGUCCUUUUUUUCGGUGGCCGAAUUGAGGUCGAUCAUCUUGGUCGAGGUUUGAAAGUUGGUGAAGAUGGUUGGAUUCGCUUCAAAUCAUGGGCACGUAUCGGUGUCUUGGUGAAUCAAUUAAAGAAGCUAUUACAAUUAGAAUUAGAAUGUAAAAUAGAAGACCCCAAUAUAGACGUAUCUGAAAGUGGCGUAGCACACACAAUCAUCGCGUUAUUGACUAGCAAUGGCGUUUAA